AGAAUAUCGUCAUUCACUAGGCAUGCGCAAGGCGGACAUUUUAAAGUUAUUUACACUCGGGGAGAUCCUGCAGGCUUUGUGGAAGAAAUUUCAUUAGCAUUUUUCAUUAUGGCUUCUGAAACUGAUGAUUGGGAGCUGAGCAAGGAAAAUGUACAACCACUUCGGCAAGGCAGAAAAUUUUCAAGUUUAAUGGCUGCCUUACAGCCAGAAACUGAUAUACGGCAGCAAAAACAAGAAUUUGAAGCAGAGUUGAGGACAUACAGCAGUGAUGAUCCUUUAGAUGUAUGGCACAGGUACAUGCAAUGGAUAGAACAAAACUACCCAAAAGGAGGAAAGGAGUGCAAUCUUGCAGAUCUUCUAGAGAGAUGCUUGCGGACAUUUUACAAUGAACCUCGCUACAAAAAUGACCUGCGGUUUGUCACAGCAUGGAUCAAAUAUGCUGAUUUCUGUAAGGAACCAUUGGAAAUUUAUAACUUUAUGAAGGACCAGGCUAUAGGGGUGGACCUGGCCUCCUUCUACCUGGCCUGGGCAUGGACAAAUGAGCAGAUGGGCAAUAGUAAGAAGUCGGACCUCAUCUUCCAGGAGGGAAUCCGACGACUGGCCCAACCUCUCGAUGUCCUGGAGCGUAGACAUAAAGAGUUCCAGAUGAGGAUGAUGCGAGAAGGUAUGAUAGGGACUGCAGAAACAGAACCUGCUGGACAGGCAGAGGACCAGAGGGCAGUCCUCGGACAUCUUCGGCCGCACGGACAAAAGAAAAAGGCUCCUGUACAACGCACUGGACAUGCUAAGAUGGCAUCAAGAGGUGGACUCAAAAUGUUGGGAUUAGCACCACCACAGGUGCAAGGCCAGGCUUUCACAGUAUUUAACGAUGAGAAUGCUAACCCAAGUCUGCCUGCUGAGGUUGGAGACUGGUCAGAGAUGCCGACUCAGUCUGUACUCCACAAAGAAAAUACAAAAAAAGCUGGGGUCUGGACCAAACAGAAGAUAGGGUAUAAAGGUGGUGUGGUACCUGUCCGUGCUGUAGGAGCCAACACACCGGCGUUCACCAUUCACGUAGAGGAGGAUGCAGACCAGUCCAUGGUAACUCCAAGAAAAACAUUGGAAGUGGGAAAUCCAGUCCUCAGUGCACGUAAGCCAGAUAAGUAUGUGGACCCUCUCCAACAUAUACGUCAGACAGAAGACUGUACUCAUAGGCUAAUGUACUGUAAGGACAAGAUUCAGUGUGGCACAGAGGAGUACUCGUUUGAGGAGCUACGUGCCGCACGUUGGAGGGCUCGACGUAAACAGGAGGGGGAAAAGCAGAGGCGGGAAGAGCAGGAAAAACAAAUGACAGAAUACAGAGAAGAGAUGCAGAGAAGUCGUGACAUUCUGAGAGAAGAGGCAGAGAGGAUAAGACAGGAGCAGAUAGCUCUUUGCCAAGAACACGAGGCCAUGGUUCAACAAUGUCACCAACAGAUGCAGAUACAGCAAGCACAGUUUAACACAGAGAGACAGACACAACUUCAACGACAACAAGAGAUGUUGGAACAUGAUAUACAACAGAGAAUGUCUCUCCAGCUCAACUUCAGCAGCUCCACUACCAACCAGGGACAGGUAUCCAAGGGCCUAUCUAGUUCAUCAACUGACCACCAGGGGCUGGUAUCCAGGGGCCUAUCUACUUCAUCCAUUGACCACACUGGGUUGGCCGCCAGAAGCCUGUCUAGUUCAUCAACUGACCACCUGCAGGGGCUUGCGUCAAAAGGACUAUCUAGUUCGUCCACUGACCACACUGUACCAGCAGCCAGGGGCAUUUCCAGUUCAUUAACUGACCACACUGGGCUUGCGUCCAGGGGAUUAUUAAGUCAAUCCAAUGAACAGCCAAUAUCUGCGGUGAGGACGAGGGAUAUCGGAGCUAUGAAACACCUUGUAUUUGGAGACACAAAUUCCAUAGCAGAUAAAACGAAAAACUUGGGUAAUUCUCCCACCUUACCAUCAAUGUCAGAUGGCCAACCUUCACCUAGCAGUAUCAGACAGAGUGUGACGUCAGUGUCGUCUCCCACUGUGAACACACGCGAGACCAUGCAGCUAGUACAGGGUUUAUUCAAUGCAUCCCUCGACAUAGAGAGGCACCUUGGCUGGUGUGACAACCUGGAGCUGACACAUCGGACUGAUACCACUGCAGGUCAGGGGUCAAUAGAUACAACCGCCCAGUCCACUACAUCUAAGACCAGUGGAGGUUUGCAAUUUGCAAUAUAUGAUGAAUCGCAAGAAACAGAAAAUUCUGGAAAAUGAACAUAACUAACAGGAGCUGGAAUCCAUACUUUCGCUGACUUUCUUGUUCAAUGUGAUGUCAGCCUUCCUGGGGAUGAUGCUAACUUUUGCAGUCUAAGGUCUGAUUGAGAUGGGAAGCCUCCCCUAGAACUCGCCUGGCUAUCAGGAGUGAUUUCUCUCAAUCCAAAAUCAGGAACAUAUCACAGAACCCCUAGAGGUCGAGAAGGUCAAAACAUCAAACAUUGACCCGUGCUGGCCAAAGAGGAAUUAUCUGAGAACUUUGUGCCAUGCCUAGAUUGUGACGGUGCUAACGAGUGGAAUGGGUAAUAUCUGAGAACUUUGUGCCAUGCCUAGAUUGUGAUGGUGCUAGCGAGUGGAAUGGGUAAUAUCUGAAAACUUUGUGCCAUGCCUAGAUUGUGAUGGUGCUAAGAAGUUGAAUGGGUAAUAUUUGACAAUCUGAGUUUAUUUUGUUAAUGGACUAAUUUUGAUGACACAUUCCACCUUUAUAUGACAGUAGUAGAAUAACUGCCGCCACCUUUCAAUAAAGCAUUUAGUUUUUACUUUCAUAGAGCCGGUACUAAACAUGCUUAAAUAUUAUCAAACUGCAGUACAAUUCUAAUGAAAGUGUGUGGAAAUAAUAGGGAUGUAACAAUACGCCAAUAGUGUAUCACGAUACAUUGUCAUAGGAAGGAUGUGCUCAAUUUUAUAAUAAGUUGUUGUCAGGAUGUUAUCAAACUUAAUCAUCAAUAGUAUGGAUUACAUAGAUUUAAGAGUUUUGUCAAACCAACCAUUGAUUACAAAAUUUGAACUAUUAGAAGCCUGUUUUGUGCUUAUUGGCAUAUCUGUUA